GCAGCCACAAUGUUACGUCGCAUGGUUUGGUGGGGAGCACUGCAUAAUCGCAUCGAAUGGCAGUUCGCAAUGUCAGCUCCAUUUCGCAAUUCACCAUGGCAGGUCCCGUGGUCAAGACACCGACGGACGCCGAAAUAGAGGCUCCCGCUACUUCGUCGGGUGAAGCAUCAUUCCCUCUGAAAGCACGCACGUGGAUCUUGUCCCACAAGCGGACUGCCGCCCUCGUGGCCGCGCUGGCCGUGGUUGGCACAGUUCUCGGUGCCGUCACGGUGGAGCAUACGUUGUUUACGAACAAGGCGUCCCAGUCUGCGACGUCGAUCUCGGGUGUGUGCUACGACUCGUACGACGCCGCCAACAUGGAAAAGCAUUUCGGUCUCAUUAAGCAAAAGUUCAACGGCGUCCGCACGUACCAGACCAAGCUAGGCAACAAGAACAUGGCUGCGGCCGCGGGGGAAGCCGGGCUCAAGAUCGCAGCCGGCGCGUGGCUGCGCAACGGCAACGACUGGAAGGGCGACGUGCAAGCUGCAAUCGACGCGCACAAAAAGUACAGCAACGUGUUAGCCAUCUACGUCGGGAACGAAGACCUCAUGCACGGGAUCAAAGCAGGAGAUAUCAUCGGCAACAUUGCCACGGCCAAGGGCAUGGUCAAAUCUGCCGGCGUUAACAUCCAGGUCGGCACGGUGCAAACUGACGGCGACUUCUUGGCCAACCCAGAAUUGGUGAACGCAUGCGAUACUAUCGGCAUCAACAUCUACCCGUUCUUUGGUGCAUCCGAAGACUCGUGGAAGACACCCGUGAAGGAUCUGACCGCGCGAUGGAACGCGAUUACGAACAAGUAUGGCUACAAAAAUCCGCGGCUCACGGAGACGGGGUGGCCGUCCGGCGGUGGCAACAACGGGGCCCACGUAAGCAGCUACGAAAACGCCAAGUCGUACUUUGAAUCUUAUUCGAACUGGGCGCGCAGCAGUGGCGGCGACGCCUCGUUUUACUUUAUGUUUCACGACAACCCGGGCAAAGGCGGGUUUGAAUCGCAAUUUGGCAUCUCCGACUCCAACGGUGUGUUCAAGUUCAACGUGGCACCAGCCCCAGCGCCAGCCCCGGCCCCAACAUCUCCCCCCACCGCCCCGCCUACCGCCCCGCCUACGCCGCCUCCCACUGACCCGCCCGCGACGACGACGUCCCCCCCUAAGCCGACCUAUCCCCCUACAACGAGCCCCCCUCCCCCAGUCACCACCGAAGCGCCUACUCCCGAACCCACCACCACGUCGGCCCCAACCACCACCACUUAUAAUUCGACCGCCCCUGAGGCUAGUACCAACACAACUACAUCCUCGCCUUGGUGGAACAGCACCGACGUCGGGUCAAAUAGCACCAACGGCACACUGGCCAACGCAUCGUCGACGAUCCUCCUGGACGCGAACACCUCGUCCCUGCAUUUGCCAGACAUCUGGUCCACCCCGACCGAAGAGAACGAGAUCGACACGGGCGCAGUGAAUGAAGGGGCGCCACAGCCGCCAUCGUCUCCAAAUGGCGGCGACGGCGGUGCUACGUCGUCGUCAUAUACGAACACGACCAAAGUGAACGGAGUGGCGCUCAAGUCGGGGAAAACCGAGAGCGCCCCAACCAUCUCGAUCCUCCUUGGAGUUGUGGCCGCGGUCGGCGCGGCCGCUGUCGUGGCGCUGAUCGUGUACAACCGCCGCCGGGCCCAAUUGGAAGAUUCCAAGGACGACAUUGAAGCGUACAAUAACUCGUCCCGCGACUUUCGCUCCAUCUUGCAGACCGGUCAAAGCCACAUUGCCGUGUUGUAACGUAACCACCACCACCACGUUAUGUGGGCCGUUCUUAGUUGUGUGAUGUAUUGUGUUGUUAAUAUUGGUUGUUGUACUUUUCAUUGCAUCCUCUCAAUACCAAAAUUAGCACCACAAACUUCUUGUAUCGUUGCUAAAUCAGAACCAAAUUGUGAGAAAGCUUGUACUUCUCUA